AUGUCUCUACCCCCAGAACAGAUCAACAUCAAACGUCGCCGGGAGGAAGAACCGGUGGACACAUUGUACAUCCAGUCCCAACUCCACCAGACCAAGCGGCGGUUCACGGACUUUGUCUUCCAGCGGGUCCAGGUCGGUGGCAAGGGGAAGGACCCCGGCGCUCCGAGCCCUGCGUCGCCGGCGCCUUCGCGCACGAUUCUCAAUCCGCGCUCGGUGAGUAGCUCGGCGGUUCGCGCUGCUGCUGCUGCUGCAACAGGAGCAACAGGCGCAACCGUACCCCUGGUGCGCGCCACCUCGCCCGGCGCAGAGUUUCGCGAGGAGAGGCGUCUCGCCGCCGCGCGGAAGGAGGCAGAGGAGAAGGUGCAGCGGGCGCUGCGGUCGUCGCCUGUGGUUGCGCCGCGCGAUGAGCUACUGCCAGCGCCGACGCCAGCGCCAGCGGCCACGCCCCUUUCGGUGUCGGGAUCUGGCGACGGGUCAGCCGUAUCCAGCGGUCGGGGGAGCCCUGCGCUCUCGUCGCCGCGGUCUGUGCGGCGCUUCCAGAUCUCGCGGUCUAGUACGCCGGUGAACAUCCUGCGGAGUGCGGGGGCGGGCGUGCAGAAGCGGCGCGGGGAGGGUCCUGUUGCCGUGUUGGUUGAGAAGUUGCGGCGGAAGCCGCAUUCGCGGCAGGCGUCGUUGGUUGCGGAUGCGGCGGUGCGGGCUGCGACGGGGGAAGAGGAGGAGGGGGAGGGGGAGGUGGAGCCGGCGCGGCCGAGGAAACGGCCUGUGGUGAACCAUGCGGAGCGGAAGUGGCGGGAGGAGCGCAAGGGGGCGAUUUCCGCUGCGAAGGAGCAUAUCACGCAGGUGUUGGAGGAAGGCGCCAAGGCGCGCCAAAGUAACUGGGAGGAUGAGUCGGAGCGGCUGGCGCAGGAGUUCGAGCAGAUUGCGUUGGAGCUGGAGGGGGAGAUGCAGACCGAGACCGACCAUCCCUUCCAGCCAGCGGUGCAGACUACGGCGCGUCCGGUACGGCCGAAGCCUGCAUUGAAGUACCAGCCGCGCACGCCUAACAAACACCGGCCGGCGGCGCAAGGGGUUCAAGAUCAGGCGGAGGAUGUUCAGGCUCCGGUCGAGAUCAUGGUGCACGAUGAAGACGACAGCGACGGCGAGUACGUCUACGACACCUACAUCCGGCGACCACUGCCGGAGGGAACGAUGCUUACGAAUCCGCUGGUGGAUUUGGAACUGGACCAGGAGAAGUGGCUUCAGCAGCACGGGAUUGACGCUGGUCGUCCAGAUAUUGGAGUCAUCGUCAUCACGCAGGAGGACGAGGAGUACUGGGAGCACUUUGCCGAGGACGACGAGGACGAAGACCGAUGGGACAGUGAGGACGCAGACUCAAAUGCCGAGAACAACCCCGCAAACGACUAUCCCGACGAGGAUCUCUCGUGGGACGACGAGGAAGACGACCCCACGGCCGCCUACCACAGAUAUCGCACGCAUGCGGUGUCUGACGACGAGGAGUUCGACUUUGCGGAUUCAGCCAGUGAGGGGCGCCGCGCAGGGCCGGGUGGGGUUGAAUCUAGGUUUGGGCUCGGACGCGACUCACACGUGGGUUCAGAUGAUAGCUUCGAUGACUUGGAUAGCGACGGCCGCGGCCACGACUCUGGCUUUGGGUACCCUCGGACGCCAGGCUGGUAA